CUAAAAGACCGGCAAAUUACUCGGUUCAAAGCAACCACGCUGCAGCAUGUCCAAACCCAGGUCAUCACCAUCCAACGUGAUCAGGAAAAGGCCAAGGCCAUGAUGAAUUUUACCAGGUUCAAGUUGUUCAUGGACGCCUUUCAACAGUUUGAAGAUGUCUCCAAGGCGCUGGAACUUGGGAUCCCCGACUUGUCGGGCUACAUAUGGGGUCCAACAUGUUACAUUCUAAACCUACGACAACAGCCAGAGACGCGGAUAUGUCUUGCCUGGAUGUACUCUGAUCUGUUGCAGUUCAAUGCAAGCAUUAUUAAGCUCUUUCAGAUCCGCAGCAAGUCUACCAUGCUUCCCAGCUGGAGAAAGACCUUUGCCGCAAGUUGGAAAGAUUAUGACGGCCCUUUCCAGACCCUCCUGCGUGCUUUCGAUAGCCAUGGGAGCUUUUUGAAGCGCUCUUUGGACAAUCAACAACACCAGAGCGUCCAAGGUACACAUCAAGUGCUUAACGACCACAUCCUGCAAUACCAGUGGGACCGCAACUACGCUCGGCGACAGGCCGAAGAAGCUGAGGUUGCUCGGAAGCACAAACAAUGCCUGGACGUAAUCCACUGGCUGCAUAGUCCAGGCAUGGAGGAGCCAGAAAUCCAGUAUCAGAAUGAGUUUCUAAAAAUCAGGUCGGAAUACCCCGACACCGGGAAAUGGAUACUGCGGGAGGACAAAGUCCAAGACUGGAUUGAAGCAGACAUUCCAGAUCAUUCUCUUCUGUGGAUCCAUGGGAAAAAGGGUGCAGAGCGGACAGAGUCCACGAUAAGUUAUUUCUACUGUCGCGAAAAGGACGAAGGUCUGGGAGAGCCUCGAUUUCUAGCCAUCAUGAAGAGUCUCCUCAGACAGCUCGUCAGCCAAAACGAAGAUCUCCUUCCAACACUCCAUGACAAGAGAAUGAGGGGCCAAGAGAUCCUGAACGACGAAUCCACCGCCAAGACGCUCCUGGAAUUGUUUUGCGAAGUUGACAUGUCCCAGUUCAUUGUUAUCGACGGCUUGGAUGAAAUCAGCGAUGUCCACAAAGGAAGCGUCGUGCAGCUGUUUGACUCUAUUGUGGAGAAGAGCAACGAGCACCACCCAGGAAAAAUUCGAAUUCUGAUUUUGAGUACCGAAUUACCGCUUAUUCGAAAGCGUAUGGAGUCAAACGACAGGAUAGGGGAAUUUGCUCUGAAUCCCAGUAGCACUCUCAAGGACAUUGAGUCUUACGUGGCUAAGCAAGCUGAGAAGUUGGAGGAGGAGUUCUCACUCGGCAGUCAUAAUUUGAAACUCAUCGAAUCAUUGAUUUGUCGUAACUCGGAUGGCAUGUUCUUGUAUGCAUUUUUAGUUAUCGAGAACCUCCUGGAGCAGCCCAACGCCAGAUAUGUCCUGAUGGAGUUGCAAGAGAGUAACUUUCCUAAGACACUAGGACAAGCGUAUUCUAGGAUCAUCGAGCGGCUUCGCAGUACCCACCAUGAAAAUACCUGGAAGGAGUCCAAGAAGAUUUUCGGUUGGCUAGCGCAUGCUAAACGUCCGCUCCAGUGGCAUGAACUUCAGGCUGCUCUCUCAAUCAGCAUCGACGAGCAAGGUUAUGUUCGACCGCAAGAUCAUAUGACUACGCUACGUAAAGACAUUCGAGUCAUGUGCGGCUCAUUAGUACACGUGAUAGGAGGAAACAGCAUUGAUUUCGUCCAUCAGACAGCCAAAGAGUUCGUGCAACUCAAAAUAUGGACCGAAGAUAGAGAGAGGUAUGCAAGGAAGGGAUACUAUGCCUUUCAGGACUACGCCAUGUCCAAAUGGGAUUCACAUCUGAACGCCAUGAUAGGAAAGUCCUCCAACCUCUUCCAAGGCCAGGAUGAUGGGCAAGAGAUUGGAUUGAAAGUAUCCAAUGUUCUUCGUGUUUUCUGUUGCGCCUAUGAGAAGAGUUGGGAACUUGUCAAUGCAGGCCAGGAAAACAACGCAAGAGAGGCUGCCAUUGAAGCGACAAAACACUGCGAGCCAUUUCAGCACCGGGCGUUUCAUGCCCAUCUACUGAAAAUAUGGACGCAUGCGGUAAAGCAUCACAAGCAACCCUUCAAGGAACGAAACAAGAUCAGCAUCAACGAACUUGGAGAAGCUCUGAAGAAGAGUCGGGAGACGCUUGAGGGACUUGCCGAGGGGUUAGACGACGAUGAUGAACUGGCCAAGUCUCUCCGGAAAUUCUAUGGAAGCAAUUUCUACAAGUGCACUGGAAUAACUUGCCCUUGCUUCUACGAAGGUGUCGCCAGCAAGGAAGAUCUCGAAAAGCACUUGAAUCGUCACGACAGGCCAUUUCCCUGCACAACCCCCAACUGCUCCCUAGUUCCAUUUGGCUUCCCUACCAACAAGGAUCGCGACAAGCACGAGCGCACAUAUCACCCCGAAACGUCUGACCAGCCAAGCGAGUUUGUGGUGCUUGGUAGUAGAGCUACUGCGGCGGCGAAAUAUGAAUGCCGCCUCUGCCAGAGAAGCUACACGAGACAGGCGAAUCUAACUGCACAUUUGGACGGCGCACAUUUUGGUCGACGGCCGUUUGCAUGUGGGACUUGCGGGAGAGAAUUUACGCGGAGAAGCGAUCGAACGAGACACGAGAGGAUACACGUUCGAAUGGCACGAGUUAGUUCGUAGUAAAAGAGGAAGAUUACUUAUGGAUGUGGUAGUAAGUUGGGAUAUACCCGGUAAAUAAUUCUAAGGAU